AUGAAGUCUGCCGUUCUCUUCACCGUUUCUGCUGCCGCCGGCCUCGCCGCCGCCCAAGCAGGUCUCGAGGGCCAGCCCGCCUGCGCUACCCCGUGCCUCACCUCCGCCAUCGCCGCAGUCUGCACCCCAGCAACCGACCAGGCCUGCGCGUGUGCCUCACAGUCCGAGAUUGGCGCCCAGGCCGCGGGCUGCCUGCUGAGCAACUGCAACGCCGGCGACCUGGGCCAGGCCCAGUCCGCCGGGUCCGCCGCGUGCGUGGCCUUCUCGGCCACCGCCUCCGAGACGGGCAGCGCCAGUGCCAGCGCCAGCGCCACGGGCUCCUCGUCCGCCAGCAGCGACGCCUCCGUCACCUCCGCCACCUCCUCGUCCGCCGGCGCCUCCGCCACUGGCGCCACCAACGGCACCACCACCGCGUCUUCCAGCUCCGAGAGCAGCGGGACCAGCAGGGCCACCAGCACCAGGACCUCCGCGUCGGCCUCGGGGAGCAGCUCGGCCAGUGGCAGCGCCGCGUCUGCGUCUGCGACGGCGGGUGCGGCGUUCGUCGGCCCUGCCGUCAGCGGUGGCCUGCUCGGUGGUUUCCUGGCUGUCGUUGCUGCGUUCCUGUAG